GAGAGUUGUGUCCAGAGCGCGACACCUUGCUCUCCUCUCGCUCGCGAGGCUGGGACUUGCGGCGAGUGGAAAUGGUGAUUGGGCUUCCGUCGUCGGGGAGGGAGUAGGAUGUUUUGUCAGUGCGGCGGGAUAUAUCAGUGGCGAUGUCGGUGCCGGUGCCGGUGCCUGUGCCGCUGCCACCGGUUGUGUCGAGGAAAGUAGAAUCUGUGGGUGCUGGGAGAAUCGGUUUGCGGGUGUCAACACCCAUCUUGAUCAAGGACCCUUAUCCGGCCAAUAUCAUACUCAAGAAAAAAUUGACACAAAAAAAAAAAGUGGACGCAAAGGGAGGAUGGAAGGAAGGGAGAGAUAGCCAGGCGGAGGGCGGUCUUCGCGAGGUAUGUAUAUGUUAUAUAUGUAUAUGGAUACUUCGUGGAAUUGGAAAAGCGAAAGAACUUGCAGGAUUCGACUUGUGAAGAGGCUAAGAGUGCUGGCUUGUUGGAGACAUCUGGUUCUGUGACACAGCGACUAUUACCUGCUGAGAAAUGUUCCGGAAACCAUGCGAUGAUGUCGCCUGCGGCUGGGUGUUGUUGUUGUUGUUUGAGAGGCCUUGAGGAACGCAGUCAGCCAACCUUCUAUUCACAUGAGAGAAAAACCGAUUUUUUUUCUAUUUCUAAGGUAUCUGCUUGAAGCUUGGAUUAGGUUGCGAGGGAGAGACAAUGCUCACAAUCUGGUUUGUUGAUGUUGCUAGCUUCACCAGUUGGGAGGUGGUCGGUCGAGAUGAUAUCGCUGGGCAGCCAAGCAGCAGGAGAUGGCAGCAGUGCCAUUCAGAGAGGCUCGAGGGCCAGGCCGUGGUUGCAGCGGGCGGCGCUGGUGGUGGUGGUCGGUGGUGGGGACAAGCAGGUGAGGUGAUACAGCAAAAGGAAAAAAUUCCGAUCUGGUGGCUGGAGAAACGACGGGAAGAGGAGGACGAGCAGCGUGAACAGCGAGCGAAUUUGGGGUUGAGCGAAUACGGGGCGCGCGAGAGGUUGAGGGUGAGAGAAAAGCACCGACCGAGAGAGCAGGGCUGA